AUGCCUCCUCCGAGAGCAGGUCCCAGACGAACAAUCGCAAAGCCAGAAGGCUCCGCAGAAUCUACAAAUGCACCCGGGUCCAGCGCUACCCCAGGCCCCUCAGGUCGCCCUCCAGUGCAACGUCUGCAAUCAUUGACGAAACGCGCGCCUCCAGGAGGCAGCAUCACACCCGCAUCGCGCGCGCCCUCAGCAUUGGGCGCUGACACCGGUCCCAAGCCACUGAAAUUCCGGCCGAAGGCAGUCCAGCGAAAGAGCAAGGAAGAGCGUGACGCCAUCGAGAAAAUUGAACAAGAGCGAAAUAAUGAACGAUUGAAAGAGGCUGCUGCUAUUCAGCGAGGAAAAGAUAAUGGCCGAGGCAGAGGUUCUUUCCGCGGACGCGGUGGAGCUAUGGGUGGUGGAGUCGGUGGUCCCUUGGGUUCUACAUUCGGCGGUGCUUUCAGAGGUCGUGGUGGUGGUCAAGGACGUGGUCGUAUGCGCUCUACAUUUACUGCUGGAUCGCGGGGCCGCGACGAUGAUUCCUCGGGCGAUGAUUUGGCGACAAGCAUUGACCAGAUCAAUAUCGAGAGUGAUGAUGACUGGGAUAGUGCAGAAGAUGUGAAGGGCAAGAUGCCAAGUCGGGGCCGUCGGGCGAGAGGAUUACGUCCUGUUCGUGUGACGCGGCACGAGCACGAGGAGAGGGUGAUCCAUGUUAACAUGGAAUCCAGCUCUGCUAAGGCGGCGGAGAUUCGGGAGAAGGCUCAACAGGAGGCUGCUGAGGAGAUUUCGAGCACCGAGGAGGAUAUCGCUACAUCCCAGCCUGAAGUCAAAGAGGAGCCCUCAGACGAAAACGAUUUACCUAUGGAGGAUCUUCCAAUUGCUGAGGAUGAUGGAUUGCCUAGACAGAGAUACCGCGUGCGUCGAAAGACAUCGGAUCCUAAGUCGGCGGAGCGCAAGCCUGUGGAGAGCAAGGAAGUCAUCCCUCCAACGAAGGUCAAGCGAGACCCCCGCGAACUUCUACGCACCAAGGAAGAGAUCGAUGAAUACGACCGCCACCUUGCAGAUCUCGAGCAUAUUCGAGAACUUCUUACUCACCGAGAGCCGGAGCCAGAACCAGAGCCCGAAGCACAGCCACAAGCAGAGCCAGAAGCAGAAGCAGAGAAGUCACAACCCGCCGAAACAGACACAAACAUGGACGAUGGUCUCGACCAAGAUAAUGAAGAAGCCCCCAUUGAGAAAUUGGCGAACGAACAUCUCCUUGGACAUCUUUUCCUCAUGCAAUUCCCGCCCAUGACGCCCAACCUCUCACUUGCAAACUCCAACGACGCACCCGCCCCACAAACCACACAAUCUCAACCCCGGCCUCAGGCUCAACCGGAAGUGAAAACCGAGAAUGGAGAGGAUGCCGAUGUCGAGGUAACCGGUGAAACCGUUUCAGAUGGUCCAUCUAAGCUCAUCACCGCCGCAACAAACUGGUCCUUACCAGCCGGCCGCGUGGGCAAAUUAAACGUCCACAAGUCUGGUCGCGUGACGAUGGACUGGGGUGGCAUCAGCUUCGAAUUGGACCGUGCAGCUGCAGUGGACUUCGUACAGGAAGCGCUGAUCGUGUCUCAACCCGAGCCCGAUCAAUCUGGUCAGUUGGCGAAGGAUGAUACCAGACACCAGGCUUGGUCUAUGGGUCAGCUUUCGGGCAAGUUUACGGUUAUGCCGAACUGGGAUGCCAUGCUAUGA